AUGGCGAUCGCCCUGGGACAGACGGGGGCGCACACACACGUGAACGCUUGCAGUAAAAAGGUGGAGUCGGAGGGCGGGGCUAGCGCUGCUAAGAAGGAUUCUAAGAGGAAGAGAGAGUCAUCAGUCAGUGAUGACGUGGAGGUGAAGUCUCCACCCCCCUCUCCUCCUGAAGAAGAAGAUGAUGAUGGUGUGCAGAAGCGUCGCUCCAGCCGUCAGGUGAAGAGGAAGAGGUACACAGAGGAUCUGGAGUUUAGGAUCUCUGACGAUGAUGACAGCGGAGACGACUCUCCAGCACCAAAAUCCCCAUCGUCCUCAUCACAGCAACAGGAUGUGGCUGAAGCUGAGGGGCCUGUUGUGGAGAAGAUCAUGGGCUUGCGCACCUCCAAAAAACAGCUGGAGUCGGGGGAGGAAGUGGAGGUGGAGGAGUUCUACGUCAAGUUCAAGGGCUUUUCAUACCUCCACUGUCGCUGGGCAGAGCUGGAGGAACUGGAAAAGGAUAAGAGAAUACAUCAGAAGGUCAAGAGGUUUAAGGCCAAGCAACAACUCAACAACUUUAUAACAGAGAUGGACGACGAGCCUUUUAACCCGGACUAUGUGGAGGUGGACCGUGUCCUGGACGUUUCAGAGAGCACAGAUGAAAACGGAGAGACGGUGACCUUAUAUUUGGUAAAGUGGUGCAGUCUGCCUUAUGAAGACUCCACCUGGGAGCUGAAGGCCGACAUCGACCAGUCCAAGAUAGAGGAAUACGAACGCAUCGCAGCACGCACACCCAACACUAAGAGAGUGGAUCGGCCUCCUGCAGCCGACUGGAAAAAGCUGGAGGGCUCCAGGGAAUACAGGAACGGCAACGCACUCAGGGAAUACCAGCUCGAAGGCCUCAACUGGCUAACCUUCAACUGGUACAACUCACGUAACUGUAUCUUGGCUGAUGAGAUGGGUCUCGGGAAGACCAUCCAGUCCAUUACAUUCCUCUAUGAGAUUUACAUGAAGGCCAUUGAGGGGCCGUUCCUGGUCAUCGCCCCGCUCUCUACCAUUCCCAACUGGGAGAGAGAGUUCAGGACCUGGACCGAGCUCAACGCGGUGGUCUACCACGGCAGCCAGGCCAGCCGCAAGACCAUCCAGGCCUACGAGAUGUACUACAGAGAUGCACAGGGUAAGAUAAUAAAGGGAGUGUAUCGGUUCCACGCGGUGAUAACAACCUUUGAGAUGAUUCUGGCCGACUGUCCAGAGCUUCGCAGCAUCCCGUGGCGCUGCGUGGUGAUCGACGAAGCACAUCGCCUCAAAAACCGAAACUGCAAACUACUGGAAGGACUCAAAAUGAUGGACAUGGAGCACAAAGUUCUGUUGACAGGAACUCCUCUCCAGAACACUGUGGAGGAGCUCUUCAGCUUACUCAACUUCCUGGAGCCUGAGAGAUUCCCAUCUGAACAGACAUUCAUGACUGAAUUUGGAGACCUAAAGACUGAAGAACAGGUUCAGAAACUGCAAGGCAUUCUCAAGCCCAUGAUGCUGAGAAGACUGAAAGAGGACGUGGAGAAGAACCUGGCUCCCAAAGAGGAGACCAUCAUUGAGGUGGAGCUGACCAACAUCCAGAAGAAGUACUAUCGAGCUAUUCUGGAGAAGAAUUUCUCCUUCCUGUCCAAAGGAGGUGCAGGAGGAGGUGGAGGAGGAGGAGGAGGAGCCAGUGUCCCCAACCUCCUCAACACCAUGAUGGAGUUGCGGAAAUGCUGCAACCACCCCUACCUCAUUAAUGGAGCCGAAGAGAAGAUCAUUGAAGAGUUCAGAGAUUCCCAUGGCGGCAGGGCAGACGUGCCGGACAUGGCCCUGCAGGCCAUGAUCCAGGCAGCCGGCAAGCUGGUGCUCAUUGACAAGCUGCUGCCCAAGCUAAAAGCAGGAGGACACAGAGUCCUGGUGUUCAGUCAGAUGGUCCGCUGUCUGGACAUCCUGGAGGACUACCUCAUCCAGAGACGAUACCCAUAUGAACGCAUAGACGGCAGAGUCCGUGGUAACCUGCGACAGGCAGCCAUUGAUCGGUUCUCCAGACCGGACUCGGACCGUUUUGUCUUCCUGCUGUGUACGAGAGCUGGAGGACUCGGUAUCAACUUGACUGCAGCAGACACCUGCAUCAUCUUUGACUCUGACUGGAACCCCCAGAAUGACCUCCAGGCCCAGGCGAGGUGUCAUCGUAUCGGCCAGUCCAAGGCAGUCAAGAUCUACCGUCUGAUCACCAGGAACAGCUACGAGAGGGAGAUGUUUGACAAGGCCAGUCUGAAGCUGGGGUUGGAUAAGGCCGUCCUCCAGAGCAUGAGCGGACGAGAGAACGCCAACAGUGGGGUUCAACAGUUGUCCAAGAAAGAGAUUGAAGACCUUCUGAGAAAAGGAGCGUACGGAGCUCUAAUGGACGAGGAAGACGAAGGCUCAAAAUUCUGCGAGGAAGACAUUGACCAGAUCCUCCAGAGACGAACCCACACAAUCACCAUUGAGUCAGAGGGCAAGGGCUCUACUUUUGCCAAGGCCAGUUUUGUUGCAACGGGUAACCGAACAGACAUUUCUCUGGAGGAUCCAGACUUCUGGCAGAAAUGGGCCAAGAAGGCUGAGCUGGACAUGGACGCCAUCAAUGGACGGAACACGCUGGUUAUUGACACGCCGAGGGUGAGGAAACAGACGCGGCACUACAGCAGCGUCAAAGAGGAAGAGAUGCUGGAAUUCUCCGAGCUGGAGAGCGACGAGGACGAACCGAGCAAACCUUCAUCCAAACCACGACGGCCCCAAGACAAAGCCCAGGGCUACCCCAGAUCUGAGUGCUUCAGAGUGGAGAAGAACCUGCUGGUCUACGGUUGGGGCAGGUGGAGCGACAUCCUGGCUCACGGUCGAUUCAAGCGCCCCCUGAAGGAGGCCGACGUGGAAACCAUCUGCAGAGCCCUCCUGGCCUACUGCCUGCUGCAUUACCGCGGAGACGAGAACAUCAAAAGCUUCAUCUGGGACCUGAUCACCCCGAGUGCAGACGGGACCACCAAGACACUCACCAAUCACUCUGGUCUUUCUACCCCUGUCCCUAGGGGUAGGAAGGGCAAGAAGGGGAAGCCCCCGGCCCCGCCUCCACAGACCCCACGAGCUGAUUGGCUGGCCAGCUGCAAUCCUGACCACUUACUGCAAGAAGAUAGCUACAAGAGACACCUGAAACAUCACUGCAACAAGGUGUUGCUGAGAGUGCGAAUGCUGUAUUAUCUGCGACAAGAAGUCAUCGGUGACCAGGCCGAGCGCAUCCUGGAAGGAGGCGACUCCAGUGUGCUGGAUAUCUGGAUUCCCCAGCCGUUCCACGCCGAGGUCCCCGCCGACUGGUGGGACAGCGAGGCCGACAAAUCCCUGCUCAUCGGCGUCUUCAAACACGGCUAUGAGAAGUACAACUCUAUGCGAGCCGACCCCGCCCUGUGUUUCUUGGAGCGAGUGGGCAUGCCAGACGCCAAAGCUAUCGCCGCUGAGCAGAGGGGCUCUGACAUGAUGGCAGAUGGCGUUGAGGGUGAGGACGAAGAUCCAGAGUACAAGCCGCUACGCAUGCCUUUCAAAGAUGAUUUGGACGACUUCACCAACUCUCCACUGGAUGACAAAGAUGACACAGUGGAGGGCGAGACUGAAGCAAAAUCAGGUGAAAACGGUCAAAGUGCACCUGCUGUGGGCGGAGCUUCAGGCUCCAGCGAGCGUCUCUAUUGGCCAGCAGCCUCAGCUCUGACAGCUCGUCUGCGUCGACUCAUCACGGCCUACCAGCGCUCCAACCGAAGAGAGCAGCUCCGCCAGGAGGCACUCAACCGACCUGACGGCCGCCGGCGACGACGCAGGGAGUUCCUGCCCUCCAUGGCCAUGGUCACUGAAACUGGAGGAGGAGCAGCUUACAUCCAAGAUGGAACGGGGGUGUUCAUGACAGAAGGAAGCCCAUAUCUGGCUAAAGGCGGCGCUUACUUUGCCAAAGGUGGACAGUUCAUGCCAGAGGCAUCGCCAGUGAUGACCGCCAGCUCUCUGAUGGCUGAUGGAGCCAUGUACUACAAGGAGAGAAGACAAAGAUGGACUCGUCGUGAGGAGGCUGACUUCUAUCGCGUCGUGUCCACCUUUGGAGUCGUCUUUGAUACCCAGCGUCAGAAAUUUGAUUGGGCACAGUUCAGGGCCUUUGCGCGUCUGGAUAAGAAAACAGACGAGAGCUUGGAGAAAUAUUACUACUCAUUCAUUGCCAUGUGUAAGCGGGUCUGCAGAAUGCAGGUCAAGACUGAAACAGAACUCCCCGACCCAACCCUGAUCAUCGACCCCAUCACAGAGGAGCGUGCCUCUCGGACCUUGUACCGCAUCGAACUGCUCCGUCGCAUCCGAGAGCAGGUCCUCCCUCAUCCACUGCUCUCUGAGCGCCUCAAGCUCUGCCAGCCCUCCCCAGACCUCCCUGAGUGGUGGGAGUGCGGCCGCCAUGACCGAGACCUCCUCCUAGGUGCCUCCAAGCACGGAGUGAGCCGUACAGAUUAUCACAUCCUGAAUGACCCCACCUUGGCCUUCCUGGAGGCCCACCAGCGAUUUACCAACCAGCGAGGAGCCGGAGUCAACACCGGAGAGAUCACCAAAGCCGGAAUGGGAGCGUCAGAAGCCACCUCUGCUCCACUCCUCACCCCUGCAGAGCUGGCGAGUGCUGCAGCUGCUGCCAAAAUUGCUGUUAACACGGCUAAAGAGGAGGAGGGAGAAGGGAAAGGUGUGAAGACGGAGGAAGGGAAAGCAGAGACGGAGGUGAAAAUGGAAACGGAGGGAACAGAUGCCAACGACAUUCCAUGUACCAAGACUGAAGCUCCUGAUGAGCCGAAGGAAAAUGAGGGAGAGGUCAAAGAAGCUAUGGAUGAGACUGCUGCUUCACCAGAGAAGGAGGUGAAGAAAGAAGAGGAGGUCCAGCCAAAAGUAGAGAAAGAGGAGCAGGAAGAGCCGAAGGAGGAGCAGAGUGGCGAGGACGACAAGAAACCAGAAAAUGACCAAGACAAAGAUUUGACUGAAGAGAAGAGCAGUUCGGAUCCUGCUGAAUCUCACACUGACCAGAAUGAAACUACCACUGAGCUCCCAGAACAACCAGACUCUUCUCCUAAAGCACAGCAAGGCCACAAGCCUGCAGAGGAAGAAGAUGGAGAGGAGAAGGAGAACCCAGAGUCUCCUAAAUCUCCAAAGUCUGCUGACACAGAGAAGAGCCCAGAGGAGGAAGAGGAGGAGAGGAUGGAUGAAGACGACAAAUCAGAGAAAUCCUCACAGGCUGAAGCGAGUGCUGCGUCAGAGCAGAAGAACUUCGACGAGGAGAGUAUCGCGUCUCUGAGCACGUCGGCCCGAGACGAAACCAGAGAUGGCUUCUGCCCCGACGACCUGCCAGAAACUUCAGCCCUGCAGGCCUUACAGGACAGAGCCUAUGCCUUCUCGUUCUGGCCUAAGGACCGAGUGAUGAUCAACAGGAUGGAUAACAUCUGCGAGGCGGUCCUGAAGGGCAAGUGGCCUGUCAACAGACGCCACGUCUUUGACUUCCCCAGCAACCUGUUGCCAGGGCACGGCUCUACGGCAAGCACGGCGGGCGUAGCCGCGGCGACAGAGAGCCCGCUCCAGAGGCGGAGCUUGGCCGAGCUGACGAUGGCCGGCAUCCACGCGGCGUACAGUGGGAGUGAAGAUAAAACACUAUCACCACAGGUUCAUGAGGACGCUCUGAGCCUGACGGUGCCUCGACAGAGGAGGAGGAGGAGGAGAAAGAUUGAGAUUGAGGCAGAGAGAGCGGCCAAGAGACGCAACCUGAUGGAGAUGGUGGCUCAGCUGAGAGAAAGCCACGCUGCCGCCGAGUCCCAGAGCCAGGCUAUAGACCUCACCAAGGGUAUGCACCAUCACCACAAGGCCUCUCCCUCACUGGCUGGCUUCCCCAGUGCCCUGGUGGCAAACCCCUCCCUUAAAGCCCAGAUGGAGUUGCUGCAGCAAGCCCCGCCCUCGGGACACAGAGCCAAUGGUUCACUGGACGCCGACCUGCCAAUCAUGAGGAGAAGGCGGGGCCGCAGGAAAAAUGUGGAGGGCCUGGAGCUGCUGUUUAUGGGCAACAAGAGAGCAGGAGGGGAUGAUGCCGACGGGGCGAAGGCUUCAGGUGUGGAGGGUGCUCAGGAUGCUGCUCGUGCACACAGACCCCUCACCAUCCCUGAGCAGAGCCCCAGCGCCAGAUCUCUUGCCUCUGGAAGUCUGGAUGAGGAAGAGACAGCAGUUUCCAACAAGGAGCUGGGAGAGUGGCUGAGGCAGCACCCGACAUACACCAUGGACAUGGCUGGAUUCACACCAAAGAGCGAGGAGUUGCUGCUGUCUCAGUUCUCCAAGCCCAAACAGAAGCGCCAUCGCUGUCGAAACCCCAACAAGAUCGACAUCAACACCCUGACUGGGGAUGAGAGAGUGCCUGUGGUCAACAGACGAAAUGGACGCAAGAUGGGCGGUGCCAUGGCUCCACCAAUGAAGGAGCUUCCAAGGUGGUUACUGGAGAACCCUGAGUUUUCCAUCGCUCCUGAUUGGACAGAGAUCGUCAAACAGUCGGGUUUCCUCCCAGAAGCCAUGUUUGAUCGCCUUCUAACCGGCCCUGUUGUCAGAGAGGAGGGCGUCCGUCGUCGGGGUCGACGACCCAAAUCUGAGAUCGCCAAGGCAGCCGCCGCCGCUCAGGCAGCCGCAGCAGCUCAGGCUGCUCAGGCAUCACUGGCCUCUGCUGCUUCAUCUGCAGGAGGCAUCAAUCCUCUGCUGCUGAACAGUCUGUUUGGAGGGAUGGACCUGUCUUCUCUCCAGAGCCUCCAGUCUCUCCAGUUGGCUGCUGGUCUGAUGGCCUUCCCUCAUCCCACUGACCCCAAACAGGCUGCUGCCAGCGCCGCCGCCGCCUCCAUGCUGCCCCUCAUGCUGCCUGGCAUGGGAGGCCUGCCCAACAUGGCCGCCGCCCUUCCCAACAUGUUCAGUCUAGGCGGGCUAUUUGGCGGUAAUCUGGCAACAGCCGCCGCCGCCACCGCUGCCUCCAACGCUGCUGCCGCCGCCGCCGCCGCCGCCUCAAGCAACACCAAUGGAACGGUGGAGGGAGAAAGAGGCAGUGAUGAGGCUGUGUCAUCCAAGAGGAAGAGAGAAGGGGAGGAGAAAGAUGAGGGAGAGGAUGGCGACAAGGUGGCAGAGGAUGAGGAGGAGGAGGCUGAGGCAACCGAGGAAGGAGUGAGCAAGGCAAAGAAGAAGAAGAAGAUGGAGAAAGAUGGUCAGGGAGGUGCAGAGAAAACGGAGAAAUCACUCAAUGAUGUCAGCGCAGCCCCUCAGGUCCCGGCUGUCGAUUCUUCAGCUGAGGCAUCCAUCAACGGCGAUGCCGCCGCCCUGCUGGCUGCAGCCGGUAUGUCUGCCAACUCCCUGGCGUUCAACCCCUUCCUCCUCUCCACCAUGGCCCCUGGCCUCCUCUACCCCUCCAUGUUCCUACCUCCAGGCCUCGGGGGGCUCAGCCUGCCAGGCUUCCCCACCGCCUCCACACUGGCCGAGCUGCAGAGCGCCAUGGCUGGAGCACUGGGGGGCAGCGCCGUGACCCCAAACCCCCCGAGAGACGAGGAGGAGGAGGAGGAGGAGGAGGAGGAGGACAAGAAGGGGAGCCUGAAAGCUACAGGAGAGGAGGAGGAUGAGGAGGAGGAAGACGGCGGAGGAGAGAGUGACUUGGCUGAGGAGAAAGAGGGGGGAGCAGAGGGGGAGAUGAGAGGCGAAGCUGAGGAUUCAGCUGCAGAGGAGGGAGGGAUGGGAGGAGAGGAGGAGGACGAGGAAGAGGCGGCGUCUCCACAGAAGGACAAGAGUGACUGAAAUAGAACACAAAACUGACUGGCCUUGGACAUUUCCUCACCUCUGACCUCCCCCUCACCACGUUUACACACCUCCACCAGAAAUAUCCAAACUAUUAUGAAUCCUGUUUUAUUUUUUUUCUUUGUGUUGUUGUUGAUGAUUUCUUUCACUCUUUGUUGUUUAUUUUUUGGCCAGGUAUAUUUACUAUGCGUCAGAGAGGCCGAGGUUUGUGUGUGUUAAGUUAAAUCUCUCUGAUCGAUAGUUUAGUCAGGGAAAUCCUCGCGGCCGCUCGCUCAGAGCUCGGCUCUUCUUCAAGGACUGUUUCUUUCUCUCUGGUUGGCCUGAGUGCGCUGUGAGCAGUGCACCCACACUUUUCUCUCCCACAAUCCCUCAAAUAGGACUUCACAAGGUUCCAAUAGUACUAUUAUUAUUAUUAUUAUUAUUAUUAUUGCUGCUUUCAGCUCUCAAGUCUUUAUUUUUUGUUUUUGCCUCUUUCUUCUUCGUCUGGACUGUUUUGUUGUUGGUUGUUGGCAGCAUCUCAUCAAAAGAAGAGGAAACGCCCGCUGGCGUUUUUCUUCUGACAUCAGUUCUCGAAAGAAAAGAAACAGCAUUACAGCUAAUCUGGCUGUCUGUCUGACAAAGCUGCUGCAAAAAGGAAUUGUGGGUAAUGGAGUUCUGUUCUGUCUCAGAGCAGAUUGUGUUUUAUUAGUUCUCACAUAUCAGACCAGGUAGACUCCGAGGAGGAAAACGAAACCGACUGGCCUAAAACUCAGUCUCACACACUGACUACAACACACACACACACACACAUCCCAACACGUACUUGAUCAUGAGCUGCACACACACACAUAUUCAGGUGUCCACCACUACACGCACACACUAACCCUUCUCUGUCAUGUAACUGUUUGUGGGAGGACUCGUCCUGCAGUUGUUUUUUCCUCUGAGUGUAUGUGUGUGCUCGUGUGCACGCUGAACCAAUACUGUUAAACCCAGUCCCACACUGAAUACCAGUCUCGAGUCUUUCCACUGCCACAUCUGAAUCCUGUCUCUCUCUCUCUUUGCUCGAGGCGACUGGUUCUGGUUGAGGAGGUGGCAGGCGGGCUGGGUCUGCCGCCGAUCAGGCCUUCUGAUUGGUCCGCUUCAUGCAGCCGAAACCAGUCGUCCUCGUCCAGAGGCUUCUGUGAAUGGAUUCAGAGCGGCGGUCCACACAGGGAUGUGAUGUUUCAGGUUUGUUCUUUAAAUGGGGGCACAUGAGAUGGUGGAUUUUGUUUGUUUUUUCUUCCCGGUUGCUGCCACAUUAAAGUCUUUUUUUUUUUAGUUUUCUUUUCCUUCACAUCCCGGUAGUUCCAGACCAAGUGCUGCUCCCUAAAGACUGUUGCUCUAGUCACACACACUGACACCAGGCCUGGCCCGAAGCAGGACUGACACACAUUUUCAACAGAGUUUGGAAAUUCACAAGUUUUACUAUAUGAAGUUCAACUCUGCUGCUCGCCGAGUAAGUUUUUGAAUACUUGAAAAGCGCGAGCGGUGCUUGAUUUGUUUCCAUUCCCCGAGGCCAGUUCAGAGAUAAAUCAAGUGCUGCGAGUGGUUCAAAUAUUUGAAAGCACAUUCAAACACACACACUGUGGCCAGGUCUUAUUAACAUUUGCUAUCACAGCCAGCCCAGCAGAUGCAGAGGGAGAGAAGUGGGUCUGAAAGGGGGAGAGACGAGCUCCGGCUCUCUGGAAGAAGACACCUUUUCCCCAUCAAAGAUCCUCGUUCUCCUCUCCAACGCUGAGACAGCAAUAACCAAGGCAGCUUUUGAAUGUUCCAACAUCACUCUCCCAACACACACACACACA